GAGCCCGAAGACCUUCGAAGAGUCAUGUUGAGCACUCUCUAAGAGCAAGGUCAAUCAAUUCUUCAAUUGCACGAUCUUCUUUCAGUAGUGUUGCUUGUCACGCCGAACCUCGGUCCCUCCAUCUCUUGACAUGAAUGGCAUCCUCUCCAGUCCAUCCAUUCACUUCGCCAUAACACACCUCCACAGCUCCUUUCCUCCGCCAGUCGUUGCAGUGGUGCAACUCUGCAGCGUAAAAGCAACAGCAGUCGAGCUGUUUCCUCUUUCCCUAUUCCUAUGACGCUCUACUUUUUCCCCCUUGCGACCAUUCAUUCUUUCGGACCUCACUCUGUCUCUGCUUUCUAUUGUACGCAUUGUAAUAUCACCUGUACUAUCCCUAAUAAUAAAGUGCUGGCAUCAUGGAUCUCAACCACGACAGUGCCACGGAACGGUACACCGAGACUUUGAACUCGGCCCUUACCUACUUCAGCUCGCUAGCACAGUCGAGUGCUGGCUGGAAACGACUCUCGUCAGCAUCUGUCCGCCCAUCAAGAAAUGGUACGCCAGGAUCGUCAGGCACUGGAAGAAGAGGCAGCAGCUCGGCAUCAUCAUCGCUACUCAGUGCCACCCUGACCGGGGGGUCAGCAGCCUCGGCUGCAAUCGAAUCUCUAUUGCCGUCCAUUUCAGUGUCUAAGAAGAGUGUGCCAGGCAAAUCAGCAGAGAUUGUCAGGGCGAGCAUCACACUCCCAGGAUUAAACGAGCAGACUGAUCUCGAGGACUGGAGAGCUGUGCUUGAGUGUACUGGAGCCCGAAAGAUCUGGGAUCCAAUGGUGGAGAGUUCAUCGGUCUUGAUGACCUUGGAUGAUUCCACUUGUAUAACAAAAACACUCUUCAAGACAACUUGGCCAACGAGGUAUGGAUUCUUCAAUCCAAAUCGAGCACAUGGCCUUGGAUGAUGCUUUCUGAUCCAUG